UGGUGCUACAAGAGGGAGUGUGUGCCUUUCGGUACCCGACCGGAGGGUGUGGACGGUGCCUGGGGAGCCUGGUCAUCCUGGGGGGAGUGCAGCAGGACGUGCGGCGGAGGCGUGUCGUCAUCCAUCCGCCACUGCGACAGCCCGCGGCCCACGAUCGGCGGGAAGUACUGCCUGGGAGAGCGGAAGCGAUACCGGUCCUGCAACACCGAUGACUGCCCGCCGGGCUCGCAGGACUUCCGAGAGCUGCAGUGUGCCGAGUUCGAUAACGUCCCCUUCCGAGGGAAGUACUACACCUGGAAGACGUACCGCGGAGGGGGUGUGAAAGCCUGUUCCCUCAACUGCCUGGCUGAGGGUUUCAACUUCUACACAGAACGAGCCGCAGCCGUGGUGGAUGGGACGCCGUGCCGGCAGGACUCCAACGACAUCUGCGUCAACGGGGAGUGCAAGGUGCUGCUGGGCUCUGGGACAGACUCGGGAUGGGGGGACAAGGACAGAGCCCCAGGCUGGGGAGCGCUGCCCCCCCCCGUCUGCCCGGGCACCCCUGGGAGCAGGAACCAGUCCCUGCCGGAGGGAGGUUACGAGGAGGUGAUCCAGAUUCCCAAGGGUUCCGUGCACAUCGACAUCCGAGAGCUGAACCUCUCCAUCAACUACUUAGCGCUGAGAGGGGAGAGCGGCGAGUAUUACAUCAACGGGAAGCUCUCCAUUGACCCGCCGCGGCGCUUUGACAUCGCAGGCACAACCUUCCACUACAGGAGAUCCCCAGAAGAACCCGAGUCCCUGGAGGCCUUGGGACCCACCAACAUCACCCUCUUUGUCAUGGUCCUUGUGCGAACAGAGCUGCAGGGGAUCCGAUACAAGUUCAACGCACCCGUCGGCAGGGAUGCCUCGAACCAUUAUUCCUGGCACUACACCCCAUGGACCAAGUGCUCCGUGCUGUGUGCAGGGGGCAGCCAGGCCCAGUCUGUGGUAUGCAAGAAACUUUCCGAUGGCUCAACCGUCCUGAACCAUUUCUGUAGCCCCGAAACCAAAAUGCCAGAGCGGCAGAGGCCGUGCAAUACCGAACCGUGCCCCCCGGCGUGGGUGAUUGGGAACUGGUCUGAAUGCAGCCGAAGUUGCAACGAAGGCGUCCGCACGCGCAGCAUCUUCUGCAAGCGUAAGAUCUCUGCCACCGAGGAGAAGACUUUGGAUGAUGCUUCUUGCACCCCUCCACGGCCAAAGAUGCUUGAGCCAUGCAAUAACCAAUCGUGCCCUCCAGAGUGGGUUGCCCUGGACUGGUCUGAGUGCACCCCCAGCUGCGGACCGGGUUUCCGCCACCGCAUCGUCCUCUGCAAAAGCGGUGACCACAGUGUGACUCUGCCCACCUCCCAGUGCCACGAAGGCUCCAAGCCCCCGACCAGCAUGAGGUGCAACCUGCGGCGCUGCCCACCGCCGCGCUGGGUGACUGGCGAGUGGGGAGAG